UACACCACAACCCCACCCCCAACACCGCCCCAACUCAAGUUCGCCUCCACCUACUUCCGCGCCUCCGCCCCCACCUUCCUCUUCUCCGCAGCCCACUUCCGCUCCUUCCCCCCCUCCCCGCACCCCGAAGUCGCCUUCCUAGGCCGCAGCAACGUAGGCAAAUCCUCGCUCCUCAACGCCCUCUUCGGGCGCACGAACGCCAAGCCCGCGCGAGUGUCGAGUCGCCCGGGGCGGACGAAGACGAUGAACGGGUUUGGGAUUUCCGGGGGGGCGGAGAUGGGUGCUGCGCCGAGGGUUAUGUCUGCGGAGGGCGCGGCGGUGCGGAAGGAGGAGGUUUGGAAGCGCUUUCCCGCUGGGGGGGUCGUGGUUGUUGAUAUGCCUGGUUAUGGGAGUGGGAGUCGGGAGGAUUGGGGGACGGAGGCGUUGAAGGUUUUGGAGAGGAGGAGGCAGUUGCGCCGCACUUUUGUGCUUGUUGAUGCGGAGCAUGGGCUUAAGGGGUCGGAUUUGCAGCUCUUGACGCACCUCGCGCGGCAGGGGAUUGCGUUUACGAUUCUGUUGAGCAAGGUUGAUAAAGUGCUUUGGACGCAGGGGGGGAAGAAAGAGCCGGGACGCAUGGCGUUGGAUGCGCGGUUGACGAAGUUGCAGGGGAUUAUGGACAACAUGAGACAACAGGUUGAUGCGGAGGUGGGAGGCGGGAAUGGGAGACGCUAUGUCGGCGAUAUUCUAUGUUGCAGUGCGGAGAAGAUGUUGGGGAGGCAGCAGCAUGAUAAGUUGGGGGUCGACGAGAUCCGAUGGGCGGUGUUGAGUGCGUGUGGGAUGGAG